CGGGACCAGCUCUUGAUUUGGACGUGGCGACAUCUAAUUAGCGAAAGAACGCAGUGCUAAACUAGUUUAUAGCAACGUCUCCCUCCCGCCUCUCGGCCCAUCAUCAGGUGACCACGUUUGGCGAUUUUUUUGCGAUCGACUGCAAGUCUACACCACGUUAAUUGAGCCUCCACAUCCGGCAAUUUUUCGGUUUUAUGUUUGUGCUUUAGGCAUGUCAUGCUUGUGCCGUAAGCUCAUUGCAUAUGGCAUUGGCAGUCUCAGUUGUGCGAUCUUGUGGCAUGUGUUGCAGUGAGAAACCCUUGAGAAUUGCAAUAGCAUUUGAAGCUGAGAGAGGAUAUCAAAAUGCUUUGGGUAGAAAAAUGAGGUUCAGCAAUUUUCUCCUUUCCAAAAUUUCAAAAUUAUGCUCCCGAUCAAAGCAUAAAUUUCCAGAAAAACUCUUGGAUGAAGUAGAUAGUUAUGGCAAGGCGAGCAUCUCAGAUCGGUCAAAGUUGCUUAAUAAGGUAUCAGUUUUGAUGGGUUAUGAUAGUUUGCAUGAUCUAAUUGAGAAUGAGAGAGUUCAAAAGGAAUCUGAUAUGAAUCUUAAAGAUGAAAUCAAUAAUGUUGAUAUCUCCUUGGCAUGUAGAAAAUUUCCAUCCAUCAUCUUGGGUAAUUCUCCACCGGUGGAAUUGUAUGAUGAGAAUGUAUGUCAUAGUGAUGUGAGGAGCCUUUUAGCAGCUCAAAUCUGUGAAGAAUUUCUCUCCAGUUCAGGUGCUGAGAAGUGGGAUGGUCCAGAUAGGUUUUCUGAAACAUGGCCUUCUUUAUGUCCCACCCUUCCAAAUAUUAACGCUUCAUUAUUAAGAAAAGAAAGUUCUUCCACUUUGCCCGUUUCUUCUCAGCCUCUAACUAUGGAGACUAAAGAAAAGUCGGAUGUCUUGGUCACAGUGGAGGGGCCUCCUGCUAAUAUGGUGCUUGAAUCACAAAAUAAUGUUGAACCAGUUGAGUUGAUUCUUGAUAAAUCUAUCAGUUUCAUACCGGGAUUACAAAAGAGGCACUGUCGUCAACUGGAAAAUUGUGGCUUUCACACGUUGCGGAAAUUGCUACAGCAUUUUCCUCGGACGUACGCUGAUCUAAAAAAUGCACUGAUUGGAAUUGAUGAUGGGCAAUAUAUGAUCUCCAUCGGAAAAAUCUUAUCUUCCAGGGGGGUUAAAGCCAGUUGUUCCUUUUCGUUUCUUGAGGUAGUUGUGGGUUGUGAGAUUGCAGACUGUGAAUCAAAGUAUGAGCAGAUGAUUGGUGCUAAUGAUAGUUGGGGAAAGAAAACAAUUUAUUUGCAUUUGAAAAAAUUUUUCCGUGGCACUCGUUUUACAAAUGUGCCUUUUCUUAGAUGUCUUCAGGAGAAGCAUAAAGAAGGGGAUAUUGUAUGUGUCAGUGGUAAGGUGAGGACUAUGCGUACAAAAGACCAUUAUGAAAUGAGAGAAUAUAAUUUGGAUUUGAUUGAAGAUGAUCAAGAUUCAUCUGUUUGUCCCAAAGGGAGGCCAUACUCUAUAUACCCUUCAAAAGGCGGUUUGAAUUCAAAUUUUCUUAGGGACAUUAUUUCAAGAGCUUUACACAGUUUGCCUGUCAAUAUUGAUCCUAUUCCUAAAGAUAUUAUUGAGGACUUCGGGCUAUUAUCCCUUCACAGUGCUUAUGUGGGGAUUCACCAGCCGAAGGAUUUAAAAGAGGCUGAUUUAGCUCGCAAAAGGUUGAUAUUUGAUGAGUUCUUUUAUCUUCAGCUAGGGCGCUUAUUCCAAAUCCUUGAAGGUCUUGGUACAAAAAUAGAGAAGGAUGGAUUGCUGGAUAAGUACAGAAAACCUGAAUUGAAUACUAUUUUUGUUGAGGAAUGGUCCAGUCUCACCAAGAAAUUCUUGAAGGCUCUUCCAUAUUCCCUCACUUCAAGUCAGCUCAGUGCUGCUUCAGAAAUUAUCUGGGAUCUAAAGCGACCAGUCCCUAUGAAUCGACUUUUACAGGGUGAUGUUGGAUGUGGGAAAACUGUGGUAGCUUUUCUGGCAUGUAUGGAGGUUAUUGGUUCAGGUUAUCAGGCAGCUUUCAUGGUUCCAACUGAGCUGCUUGCUGUCCAACAUUAUGAGCAACUCAUCAAUUUGCUGGAGAAUAUGGAGGGGGCUGAGUGCAAACCUUCUAUUGCUUUACUCACAGGUUCAACACCAUCAAAGCAAUCGCGGAUGACUCAUAAGGGUCUUCAAAAUGGAGACAUCUCAUUGGUCGUUGGAACCCACAGUUUAAUAUCUGAAAAAGUGGAAUUCUCUGCUUUACGCAUUGCUGUGGUGGAUGAACAACAUCGUUUUGGUGUGAUCCAAAGAGGAAGGUUUAACAGUAAGUUAUAUUAUAAUUCUAUUAGCUCAAGAAUGGCCGAGGCUAGCUCAGAUGUGUUGUCAGAAGGAGAUAAACGUAUGGCUCCUCAUAUUCUUGCAAUGUCAGCUACUCCUAUACCAAGGACACUUGCUCUUGCUUUAUAUGGAGACAUGUCCCUGACACAAAUAACCGAUUUACCUCCUGGGAGAACACCAGUUGAAACAUACACUAUUGAAGGAUGCGAUGCUGGCUUUGAGGAUGUCUACCAGAUGAUGUUGGAUGAGCUAGAAGCAGGGGGGAAAAUUUAUAUUGUAUAUCCAGUCAUUGAACAAUCUGAACAACUGCCUCAGCUUCGUGCUGCCUCUACAGAUCUUGAAACUAUAUCUAGUAGGUUUCAGGGUUACAAAUGUGGUUUGUUACACGGGAGAAUGAAAAGUGAUGAGAAAGAUGAAGCAUUGAGACGAUUUAGGUCUGGAGAAACAAAUAUCCUGCUUUCUACCCAAGUAAUUGAGAUUGGUGUUGAUGUUCCAGAUGCAUCUAUGAUGGUUGUUAUGAAUGCUGAGAGAUUUGGGAUAGCUCAGCUACACCAACUCAGAGGACGAGUUGGACGUGGAGUGAGGAAGUCUAAAUGUUUAUUAGUAUCAUCUACAGCUGGUGGCCUAAAUCGAAUGAAGGUGCUGGAAAACUCAUCUGAUGGUUUUUACCUAGCAAAUAUGGACCUCCUUUUGCGUGGACCUGGAGACUUGCUUGGUAAGAAACAGUCAGGACAUCUUCCAGAGUUUCCUAUUGCUAGAUUGGAGAUUGACGGAAAUAUUCUGCAAGAAGCACAUCUUGCUGCACUGAAAAUUUUAGGCACUUCUCAUGAUUUGGAGCAAUUCCCGGAGCUCAAAGCUGAGCUUAGCAUGCGGCAACCGCUUUGUCUUCUGGGUGAUUGAGCAUCGGCUGUGGUGAAAUUUUAAAGUUUUGAUGGUUGUCCAAAACAGGAUUAUUUAGUAAGCAUGGGGACUUUUUUAUGGUAUUUUGGCAAAUUGUUGUACAGUGGUUUCAUUGUAGCGGUCUUUGUGGAUACAACUCUAGCGCAUUUGUAGCUGUGUUUAUGUUAUUUAUGGUAAAUCGCAUGCUUAUACAUGUACUGGCAUGGGUUCUUCUAACACCAACUCUAAUGUUCUUCUUUUCUGAAAUACGAAUGCAAGUUCAGGAAAAUUGUUGCCCAUUAUAA